AGAUGGAGGUAGACAACCCAAAUUAUGACAAAAUGAACGGUGAAAAAGAAGAAUGGUCACUCAAUGAUCCACUAAAGACUAAUGACCCUGAAAUGUAUGAGCUACUAAUAAAGGAACGAAAUCGUCAAAAACGUGGUCUGGAAUUGAUUGCUUCAGAAAACUUUGCCAGUAAAGCUGUUUUACAAGCGCUAGGUUCAUGUCUAAACAACAAGUAUUCCGAAGGCUAUCCAGGUCUCAGAUACUAUGGUGGAAAUGAGUAUAUUGAUGACAUUGAGAGACUUUGCCAGAAACGUGCGUUGGAUCUUUAUGAUUUAGAUCCAAGCAAAUGGGGUGUCAAUGUUCAGCCAUAUUCUGGAUCACCUGCUAACUUUGCCGUUUACACUGCCAUUGUUGAACCUCAUGGACGUAUUAUGGGUCUGGACUUACCUGAUGGUGGUCACUUAACCCAUGGAUUCUUCACAGAAAAAAAGAAAAUUUCGGCAACGUCCAUUUUCUUUGAAUCAAUGCCGUACAAAGUCAAUGCAGAAACUGGAUUGAUAGACUAUGAUAGGUUACGAGAAAAUGCUGGUUUAUUCAAGCCUCGGAUGAUAAUUGCAGGUUAUAGCGACGUUGUAACCACAACAACACAUAAAACUCUACGAGGGCCGAGAUCUGGGAUGAUUUUCUAUAGGAAAGGUGUUCGUAAGGUGUUGAAGGAUGGCACUGAAGUGAAGUAUGACUUAGAGGAGAAAAUUAACGCUGCUGUGUUUCCUGGUUUACAGGGAGGUCCACAUAAUCAUGCAAUUGGAGGUGUAGCGGUAGCUUUGAAGCAGGCACAGUCACCAUCAUUUCGUACAUAUCAGGAACAAGUCGUCAGCAAUGCAAAAACCAUGGCUGCAAGCCUCAUAAAGAAAGGAUAUACCAUUGUUACUGGUGGAACAGAUAAUCAUCUAAUAUUACUAGACUUGAGAUCUGUUGGCCUGGAUGGGAAUCGAGCUGAGAAAGUAUUGGAAGCCAUCUCUGUAGCAUGCAAUAAGAACACUUGUCCCGGUGACAAGAGUGCUCUCAGGCCAGGUGGUGUACGUCUCGGUGCUCCAGCGCUGACCUCACGGAAGUUUAAAAACCAAGACUUUGAGAAAGUUUGCGAGUUUAUUGACAGAGGAUUACAACUUGCUUUAGAAAUCAAGGCAGUAUCAGGACCUCUCCUCAAAGACUUCAAGAAUUUGCUUUACAAGGAUGCAAAAUUUCAAGAAAAAGUUAGUGCCAUUCGUGAAGAAGUUGAAGCAUUUGCAGUAAACUUUCCUCUGCCUGGGGAAACUUUACCUGAAGACUAAACCAACAUUCAUUUACAUAACUAUUGCUGUCUUUUCGAAUUCAUUUGUGUGACUACAUUUAACAAAUGGAGUUCAUUAGGUCAAGUAUAAAGAAAAAAAAAAACACUUCUGAUUGGCUAUGCUUAUCCUUCAAUGUUCUGUGCUGACCAAUCAAGUGUUAUUUACUAAAAAAAAUGCACAUGUUUAUUUUUUUUGUUUUGUUUGGAAUUUGUAUUUUGUUGAUAUUGGAGAUUUAAAUAAAUAGGGAAGGGGAUAGACAGUUGUUGUCAAAACCUUUAAAUGUUCAUACAAGUUUUAAAAAUAUAGUUG